AUGCUGGACAAGCAGAUCGAAUUUCAUGACGUGGUCGUUAUCGGUGCUGGUGUUGCCGGUCUGCGGUGUGCUAGUCAAUUGGUGCAUGUGAAGGAUAUCAAGGACGUGCUGAUCGUGGAAGCGUCAGACCGUAUCGGUGGUCGAGUAAUGAAUACCAUGAGUUUCAUUCCGGGAAUGAGCGUUGAGCUCGGCGCCGAGUUCAUGCAUGGUGCCAACACGACGCUCACGCACCUUGCUGAGGAGCUUAAUAUUGGUUUACGAGAGAUCUUUACUUGGGCUCAGGGCGACGGUGGUCCAACCAAACCCACUCUAGAUGGAGGUGUCGGGUACUAUUACAUUGGUGAUCAGAAGCGCAUGCUGAAGUAUAACGACGAGGACGAGGAGUUUUUCAAGUUUAACUUGUCUGUAGCCAACUUGAGUAAUCUUGACCAGAUUCCGCCUGAGAAGUCCAUGAGGGACUACUUCAAUGAGGUUGGUUUGUCUCCGUCAAUGAUGAAGCUGUGUGAGGCUGGAUAUGCCAACACAGCCGGGGGCCCGCUGGAGGAUAUUUCACUGCGCACAACAUGUCGGUACGAAAAGCAGUGGGUUGAUCUUGAAGAUGAGGGCGACUACCGCGUUGUACCGAGCUUGAUGCGCUUUGUCGAAUACUUUGCUAAGGGCGUGACAACCCGACUCAAGUGGCCCGUAGCUAGCGUAGAUUACUCCCAGAGUGAUCGCAUUCUGCUGACCAGUAUAUCGGGUAAGCAGCUGUCAUGCUGCACGCUAGUUGUGACUGUGUCUACUGCUGUAUUUUCGAAAAUCGUCUACACACCAGCACUGCCUGAGGAAAAGGUGAACGCCGUGAAUUCUUUCGACAUGCGUCGUGCUGGAAAAGUACUUCUUCACAUGUCUGGUCGUUUCUGGCCCGAGGACGCGCAUGGUGUCGUGUGCUCGGAGUGCUUCUUGCCGGAGUUCUGGUUUAAUAGCACGCAGGGUAUAGGCCAUUUAAAACAUAAUGGUGACAAGCUGUGUGCUGAGCUGAAAGCGGUCAAGCUUGACGACAGCGAGACGCAAUACCUAAUCACGGGUUUUGCCGGCACCUUGUACGCGGAAAGCUUCGUGGACGUGCCGCACGAGAAGAUCAUUGAGGGCUUUCUCGACCAGCUCGACAUGAUCUAUGGCACCCCAGACGAGCCGUCCCCCGCGCACAAGUUCUUUGUCAAGGGGAUGUAUAAAGACUUUGGAGAUGAGCCGUGGAUCGGUGGUGGGUAUGCUUUCCCACGCGUUGGUCAGUUAGAUUUAGCUUCCGAGGACUUAGCGGCUGCUGUAGAUAACCGUAUCUUCUUUGCUGGGGAAGCCACAGCUUUUGAACAGCCCGGAAUGUCGGUGCACGCUGCAGUGGAUACUGGAACUCGUGCGUCCGCUCAGGUUGCGAGUGCGUUGCAAGACUAUAAGCAGAAAGCAGGAAAACAAAAGUGUGUUGAUUGGAAUGGAAGGCAAUCGAUGAAAAUUAAUGAUGUUGUUUACCACCAAUGA